AUGCGGAAGGGCCCCGGUGGCUCCCGCCGGGCCCGGGCCGCGGGUUCGGGGCCCGGGCCCGGCCCGGUGGCGGUGCCGGGCGCAGAAGUGACGCUGCAGCUGCUGUUCCUCGAUGGGGAAGAAGCUUUCGGGGACUGGAGCAUCACUGACUCCCUCUACGGUGCCCGGCACCUGGCGGCACGUAUGGCUGCCACCCCCCACGGGCCACACGGCACCCAGAUCACCACCAUGAGCCUGCUGGUGCUGCUGGACCUGCUGGGCGCCCGUCACCCUGCCAUCCACAGCCACUUCCCCCGCACCCACCACUGGUUCCUGCGCCUCGUCGCCAUCGAGCAGCGCCUGCAGCGGCUGGGGCUGCUGCACGUCCUCCCCCAGGACCAGCCCUUCUUCCGUCUCAGCCCGGCCCCAGGACCUGUCGAGGAUGACCAUGUCCCCUUCCUCCAGCGAGGUGUCCCUGUGCUGCACCUUAUCCCCACGCCCUUCCCACGUGUAUGGCACACGCUUGAGGACACCGAGGACAACCUGCACCCCCCCACCAUGGAAGCCCUGUGCAAGAUCCUGGUUGCCUUCGUGGCCGAGUUCCUGCAGUUCUGAGCCCCACCGUUACCCGUCACUCCCAGCCCGCACCCGUUGGGGACUCUGGGCUGUGCUGGGAGCCAUCAGUAAAGUGCUUGGUGACCAGUGCUGCGUCCUGUGCCAUCACCUGCCAUGGGGACAGCUGUGGGGCCAGGGACACGUGAUGGAU